AUGACGGGGAGCAGCCAGCCGGACGUGGCCCGGAGCAGGCUCUGCAGGAGCCCCUUUCUCAGCAUCAAGUUCUUUGUGUUCUGCCACGGGCUGCUGCAGCUCUCCCAGCUCCUGGUCUCGGGCUACCUGAAGAGCUCCAUCUCCACCAUCGAGCGACGCUACGGCCUCUCCAGCCAGACCUCGGGGCUGCUGGCCUCCUUCAACGAGGUUGGGAACACGCUGCUGAUCGUCUUUGUCAGCUACCUGGGCAGCCGCGUGCACCGGCCGCGCCUCAUCGGCUGCGGGGCCCUGCUGGUGUCCCUGGCCGGCUUCCUCAUGGCCCUGCCACACUUCCUCACGGGGCCCUACCAGUACGACCACUCCGUGGCCAGCACCUUCAGCAACAUCACGGACCUGUGCCAGCCCGGGGCCCCGGGGGCUGGGGCCAACCUGAGCGAUGCCAGCUGCCCUCCCCACGGCUCCAGGGAGAACCAGGAGGUGCUGCUGGUGAUGUUCGUGGCCCAGGCCCUGCUGGGUGUCGGCGGCGUGCCCAUCCAGCCCUUCGGCAUCUCCUACAUCGACGACUUCGCCAGCCAGAGGAAUUCCCCCCUCUACCUGGGAAUCCUGUUCUCCCUGACGGUUGUGGGGCCAGGAGUGGCCUUCAUGCUGGGCUCUGCCAUGCUGAGGUUCUACGUGGACAUCGACAAAGUCAGCUCAGCUGAGGUGCAGCUCACCAACAAGGACCCACGCUGGGUGGGGGCCUGGUGGCUCGGGUUCCUGGUGGCUGCCAGCCUGGUGGCCCUGUGUGCCCUGCCGUACUUCUUCUUUCCACGGGACAUGCCAAAAGAGGUGGUGAGAGGGAAGGACAGAGGCAGCAAGAAGAGGGAGGACAUGCUGAGCCAGCUCAGGCCGAGGUCCCAGCACACGGAGAGCCUCUCCCUGAUGGAGUUCAUCAGACGUUUCCCCGUGGUGCUGCUGAGGAACCUGAGGCACCCCGUGUACCUGCUGGUGGUGCUGGCUCAGGUCAACAUCUCUGCCAUGGUGGCUGGCCUAGCAACCUUCAUGGGCAAGUUCCUGGAGAGGCAGUUCUCCCUCACAGCCUCCCUGGCCAACAUGAUCAUUGGUGCUGUGAACAUCCCCGGGGCCAUGGUGGGGAUCGUGGUGGGCGGCGCCAUCCUGAAGCGGUUCCAGAUGUCCCUGAGGCAGUGCAGUGCCCUGUGUGUGCUGGGCAUGCUGCUCUGCCUGCUCACUGCCUUUCCCCUGCUCUUCCUGGGCUGCCCCACGCAGAAGGUGGCCGGUGUCACCCACUGGGACAGCUCUGGCUCUGGCCACCACGCCAUGGCGUGCAACGUGCGGUGCCGCUGCCCCGAGCGCGGCUUCAACCCCGUGUGCGGCUCCGACGGCGUGGAGUACACGUCCCCCUGCUCUGCUGGCUGCAGCAGCGUGGCCCUGCGCCCCGAUGGCUCCGUCCUGAACUACACUGGCUGCAGCUGCUUCGGCGCGGCGGGCACCGCCAGGCCGGGCCCCUGCGGCACCAGCUGCUCCCACCUCUUCGUGCCCUUCGUGGUGCUCUCCUGCCUGGCUGGCAUCCUGGCCAGCACCUCCCACACGCCCUCCUUCAUGCUCAUCCUCAGGAGCAUCCAGCCUGAAGACAAAUCAUUUGCCGUUGGCAUACAGUUCAUGCUGCUGAGAGUUUUAGCGUGGAUGCCGGGCCCGGUGCUGUACGGCAGCGCCAUCGACACCAGCUGCGUGCUGUGGGAGAGGCGGUGCGAGCGCAGGGCAGCCUGCAGAUACUACAACAAUACCCUCUUCAGGCACAGGUACCUGGGGCUGCAGUUCUUCUUCGAGGUGGGCGCAUUCCUGUGCUUUGUGGCCGUGUAUCUGAUCCUCAGGAAGCAGGAGAAGGAAGCCAGCCAGGCAGAGGAGGCAAAGGCAGAGCCAGAGAAAGAGAAACUGGCGGGAAAGUCCACAAAGAGCCCGGAAUCCAAAGUGUGACAGCGAAAUGUGGAUUGUGGUCUGUGCUGGGGAGGUGAAUCAGCCCACAGCCGAGCUGUGCAGGGUGGAUGCUUGGAGUGAUGGACCCAGGGCUUGCUUCCUGCUCUCCCAGCUGGGAUGGACUCUGCCUGCACUGCAUGGAUCCAUCCACAGGUUGUUCUCCUCCUUGGGGUGCAGGUUGCUCCUUCACAUGGAUUAGUCCUCACUCUUUAGCCCGUGGACUCUGCAGCCUCCUGGGUUUGUGUCCUGCUAAGCAGUUUUUCCUGCUGACCGUCUCAGUGGUGCCAGCACUGAGCAGAAACCAUAAACAUGAAGGGUUUUGUGGAGUGUUUUUUUUAAAUAAAUCAUUUUUAAGAAAUGGU